AAUUUACAAUUAUUCGCGCUUUCAGACCAAAAUGUGCUUCCGACGCAAGCUUCCCAAUGUCAGAGCUGUAAAACAUAUUUCCUACGCUACCCUGCAGAAGCACCCCCUUAAUUAUUUGAAACAACGUUUCCAAUCGAAUUUCAACCGAUUAUUAAAAAAGACGGAUGCUCCUAAUUCGAGUGGUACAAAGAUAACAGUUGCGGGUUGUGGACAAGUUGGUAUAACGAUUUGUUCGUUUCUAUUGAUGCGAAAUCUGGCCAAACAACUGGUUAUUUAUGAUGUACGGCACGAUUGGGCGCAAGCCGAGGCGUUGGAUUUGCUGCAUGGUUCGUGCUUUAUAAAUAAUCCCACCAUCACCGCCUGCAAUGACGGUUCAAAAACCAAGGACUCCAACAUUGUCAUAGUGACAGUGGGUGCGCGACCCUCGGGAAAGGAUCGAUCACGUUUAGCAAUAGUGCAAAAAACAGCGGAUAUACUUAAAUCUGUAAUGCCACUUCUCGUAAAGCAGAGCCCCAAUGCGGUGUUUCUAAUCAUUUCCAACCCGGCGGACAUUAUGACUUGGUAUGUGCAGAAAAUGUGCAAAUUGGAUAAAUUCCGCUGCUUCACCACCGGCUGUCAUCUGGACUCGGCCCGGUUUCGUUACGCAAUCGCACAACGAAUGGGGUUGCCCUCACGUUCGGUGGAAGGGUAUGUGAUUGGGGAGCAUGGUGCGAGUGCGGUGCCUGUGUGGUCCACAGUCACAGUUGCGGGAGUGCCGCUGAUGAGAGUAGUGCCCGAUAUAGGCGGCAGUGAGGACAAGGAGAACUGGACGGAUUUGUUUAACAAAGGAGUGACAAAAGGUGCCGCUGCUGUGAGUUCUGUGAAGGGCUACACGAAUUGGGCGGUCGCUCUGGCCGCCGUUGAUGUGGUUUCGGCAAUAUUGAACAAUUCGGGGCGGGUGAUGUCUCUAGGCACCGACGUCUGCGGACUGAAUUGCAUUGAAGAUCAUGUAGUUCUCUCAUUACCUUGCGUUGUUAAGUCGAACGGCAUAACUCAUAUCCUUCAAUUGCCGCUAACGGACACGGAGCAGCAACAGUUACUCAAAUCGGCCAACAUGUUGUUGGAGGUGCAAUGUGGUUUGAAAGUGUGAAAUAGCUUUCACAAUUGUUUGUUGUUCGAAAUUAUAAUUAAACAUUUUUUUCUAACCAUAAAAA